AUGCGCUUACUGUUAUUCCUAUUAGUCAUUAUUUUGUGCAAUUACACUCUGGAUGCACGUCCAUCGGUUUCCCAUACACAACUCGCGUCGCAAUUCAAAUUCGCCGAAAAAGCCGAUAUUUUUGUGACGCACAGGAAUAUCAAUGAAGGUACGUUUUUGGCAGAAAAAAUCGUACUCAGGACGAAAAAACGAUCAAGCUGCUUUGACCUCGUAUCAUCGUUUCGUGCUUGCGAUGCUCGUCGAAAAGGACUGGAUCACACUGUCUUCGAACACGUUUCCGUGGUUUUCGUUGAUGAUGUUCAGCCAUUUUUAACCGGAUGUGUUGCAUUGGAUAAUCAGGCGAGAUUCGCUGAAAAGUCUGGAGCAAUGGCAUUGGUUGUUGGACCAGCAUCACGCGUUGAGAGGACGACGAGGCCAAUGACGAUCGGUGGCUCGAAAAUCCCAAUCAUUGUAUUGGAUGACGAAGAAACUGAACGCCUUCGCGCCGAGCUCAAGCUCGCUUCUGAUCGAGGAGCUGUCGCAAAACUCAGGAUCUCUUUUAUCGACGAAAAACCAACAAAAGUUCUGAAACUUCAAGUUUUCCGUCCAACUGUUCUCAACAUCACUCUACUGGGAUUAUUAGUCAUUCUCAUAGUUUUUGUAUCCCUUCUCGUGGUGGUCAAAAUCCGAUGCCAGCCAACAAUGCAUCGUGAGAUUUGGCUCCGUGCUCUCGCCAGAACCGCUUUGACAAAAAUGGAAAUUCGAAGCUUCCAGAAGGAAAAAGGAGCUGAUAGUGGGAAGAAGAAAUCAGGUGGAAACACAUUUGCGAGGUUGAAACAUCAUAGAUCCUCAUCAAGACACUCGUCAUAUCUGGCAGUUUUUGGAUCCUUGACUUCUGUUGCUCAGUCAACAUCUCAUUCAACACCAGAAAGAUGUGCAAUUUGUUUGGAUGAUUAUGAAGAAGGAACUGAAUUGAGAGUUUUGUUCUGUGGACACGAAUUCCAUCCGAAGUGUGUUGAUCCAUGGUUGUUGUCCAAACGAAGAUGCCCACUGUGUCAAUUUGAUGUCGUUUACAAGCACUAUCCAAAAGUAGACUCUCCGGAAAAGGCGUCAGGCCCAUCCGACGACACCGCAUCUCUCCUUCCCCGUUCAUCGCCAUCAGAAGCUCCACCAGUUCGAUCAUCUCGUCAAUCCCGAUCUCACCGUAAUCCUCAUCCAUUCCCUUCAAUGACCCGCCCAUCAUCUCAUCAACGUCCAAUUCCUCAACCAGUGGCUCCAAGAACCAGAAGUUGUCCAAAACGGCGUCAGCUGAGAUCCCGAAAUCAGAUUGAUUUUUCGGUGCGGAUAGGAGGUUACUCCUCUGACGUCUCCUCUUCUCAUGCUGAACCAUGCCGAUCGUAUGAAAUUGAGCCACGUACCAUCCAACAGUUAUAG